CUGUGUAAGACUUGACAACUUCCUUUUUGUGCUCAGCGGAGAAUCAACCGUGCACAGCUUGAGUGAUACAACGUUAUUCUCCUCAUUCCCGUGGCUGUAGCUGUCAUUUAAAGAUGAAUACGGUUCUGUCCAGAGCUAACUCCCUGUUCGCUUUCUCUCUGAGCGUCAUGGCAGCUUUAACUUUCGGGUGUUUCAUCACGACAGCUUUCAAAGACAGAAGAGUGCCAGUGGACAUCCACGUCUCCAAAGUGAUGCUGAAGAACGUUGAUGACUUCACAGGACCCAGGGAGCGCAGUGAUCUGGGUUUCAUCACUUUUGACCUCUCAGCUGAUUUGCAGCCAAUUUUUGACUGGAACGUGAAACAGCUGUUUCUCUAUCUGUCUGCUGAGUAUGCCACGAAGAGCAAUUCUCUCAAUCAGGUGGUGCUGUGGGAUAAGAUAGUUCUCAGAGGAGAAAACACCAAACUGAACCUCAGAGACAUGAAGUCUAAAUACUUCUUCUUUGAUGAUGGGAAUGGACUCAGAGCCAAUAAGAACAUCACCCUGACACUGUCCUGGAACGUUGUUCCCAAUGCUGGAGUUCUGCCUCUAGUGGCUGGAAGUGGACACGUCAGCCUCCCUUUCCCAGACACAUACGAGACCACCAAGAGCUAUUAGACCGACACAAACACACAUCCAGCCAGUUUCAUACAUUCUCACACUGAUAAAACAAGACAAGCACACGCAAAAACUGAUGACUAACACACACGAUACACUGGUGUUUCCUCAUGUAUGUAAAUGAAUUUAUGGUUUGUAAUAAAAGUUGAAAUUGGAA